CGCCCGCAACCGAUGUUUGAGAUCGGGUUAGAUUUGGCACAGCGACUGCCCGGCGUUCUGCAAAUGCGACGGGUGAAUUUAGAUGUCCCUUGGUUGCAUCUGGAGUGAGUUCUCAAAGUCUUGAAAUUGUUCUGAAGUUUUACGGACCCAGAAGAAAAUUCUGUUCAGAACCGCGGAGCUAGUUUUGUUACCAGUAACAUGAAAGGCUCUGAUUUGAGUCUGGAAAGGAAAAAAAAGGUUAAAAUCCCAGCGAGGAGACUUCGUGAGGUAGUUUCUCCAACUCAGGGAGGUCAUUUGUCUGUGCUGAAAGAUGAGUUGCCCCGUGUUCCUCCAGCGUUCUCUGCAAGUAAAUGUCUUCCGAUUAGAAUGGGGACUAGCUCAAAUGGAACUUUACAUGGUUCAACAGACUUAACUUCUAGAAACUAUUACCAACCUCCAUUAGAAAAUCCUAUUCCAUCAGAAAGUAACUUUUCCAAGGAUGUUGCAGUGCAAAGGUUGCCUUUGGAUAAAAGGGAAGAACACAGCAGACAAAAAGAAGAUGACAUCUUGAUUUCUCAGUAUGCCAUGGGGCAGAAAGAUGCUUUAAGGGCAGUUUUGAAGCAAAAAGCUCAAACCAUUCCUGUUUUUAAGGAAGUAAAGGAGCAGCUUUUGGAAGAUGCUGUCACAGAGAAGGACUCUGCUCUUCAGGAGACCAGAGCUUCACCGAGUGGAAUUGAUUCAGCUGCCACUGUAGCCGCAGCCACUGCUGCUGCCAUUGCGACAGCGGCUCCAUUGAUAAAGGUGCAAAGUGAUUUGGAAGCAAAAGUCAAUUCUGUUACAGAAUUAAUCAAUAAGUUACAGGAGACCGAUAAGCAGUUACAACGUGUUACAGAGCAGCAAACAAGCCUUCAGAGGAGUCAGGAGAAAAUACACUGUCAUGAUCAUGAGAAGCAAAUGAAUGUGUUUAUGGAGCAGCACAUUAGGCAUCUCGAAAAACUGCAGCAACAGCAACUAGAUAUUCAGACUCAUUUCAUCAGUGCUGCAUUCAAGACUAGUAAUUUUCAGCCUGUCAUGUUGCCUCAUUCUAAUGCAGUAGAAAAGAAUUCUGUAAAACCAGACCAUUCUCAUUUUGGUAGCAGUAAUCUAUCCUCACAUAACAUAUUUGCUUCCAAACAAGCACCUUCGAGAGAGUUUGAAGGUAGAGACCUUGAUAAACAACUAUCUCCCUUGGAGAUACCAGCACCACGCAGGUUUGCUCCAGUACCUGUUUCAAAGGAUGAUAAAAUAUCAAAGAGAGAAGAUCCUGUAGAAGAAAAAGAAAAUAUGGUGAUGUCAGGACAUACAGGAAAUGUGAGACUAUUGGAACAAAUUCUGAAUACCCAGGAUUCUUUGACAAGAAAAAGUGACUCUUCAGAUAAAACCUUGCUCACUACAUCAAAAAUAGAAUGGAAUCCUGAGUACAGGCACAGCACUGAAACUUCUCUAUCCUCUCAAAGAUUACUUGCUUAUGAAGUAGGAAUAGGUAAAGUACAGAAGUCUGAUGAUACUGACCAAAAGAGGAAAGAAACAAAUGGCUUGUACCAGUCAAAAGAUUCUCUAAUUCUAUCAAGGCUUGCUGAUCUUCCCCCUAAUUCUGUUAAGCUUCAAACAACCAGUACGAGAUCUGUAUUGAAGGAUGCUGAGAAAAUUCUGAAAGGAGUGCAGAAUAACAAAAAAGUUCUUGAGGAAAACCUGGAAGCUAUUAUUCGUGCCAAGGAUGGAGCUGCCAUGUACUCAUUUAUCAAUGCUUUAUCUACUAACAGAGAGAUUUCAGAGAAGAUGCGAAUCAGAAAGACAGUGGAUGAGUGGAUUAAAACUAUUUCUGCAGAAAUUCAGGAUGAACUGGCAAGAAAAGAUGAACAAAAACGACUUGAUCAGAAGAAUCAAAGGACCAAGAAAGCUCAGAAUAUGAGUAAAGCUACUAGAAGCAAUGUGCAGGACAAAAAUGUAAAUAAUACUGUAAUUCCAAGAAAACAUUCCCCAAAGCAAGAGCAUUUUACACAUUCACCUACAAGAAGCAUGCCAGCUUCAAGCUUCCAGAAAGAAAGAAAAGAAGAAUAUUUUAAAACAGCUGUAAUGACACAUGACGAGGAUUACCUGUUACAGAUUUAUGGAAAACCAGUUUAUCAGGGCCAUCGCAGCACUCUGAAGAAGGGACCUUAUCUCAGAUUUAACUCUCCAUCUCCUAAGUCCAAACCACAGAGACCGAAAGUAAUCGAAAGAGUUAAAGGUACUAAAGUCAAGUCAAUCAGAACACAAACUGACUUUCACACAAGACCUAAGAGGGUCGAUUCUAAACCUCAGCACUCUGUUACUAUGCUGGCUCCAGGUGAGCAGCAGUAUUUGUUCAGUCCCAGCAGAGAAGUGCCUACUUUUUCAGGUACCCUGGAGGGUCAUCUAAUCCCAAUGGCAAUUCUUUUAGGACAAACCCAGAGUAAUAGUGAGUCUAUGCCUCCUGCUGGUAUAGCUGUAAACAAGCCACACCCUAUAACCGUGACUACUUCUAUACCUCCAUCUUCUCGAAAAAUAGAAAGUGGAGUAAAGAAACCUAACAUAGCAGUGGUGGAAAUGAAGUCAGAAAAAAAGGAUCCUCCUCAGCUUACUGUACAGGUAUUACCCAAUGUGGAUAUUGACAGCGUUUCAAGUGGUAGUCCAUUUCACCCUAGUCCCAAAGAGGCCUCUCCUUCUCCUCAGAGAAACUGGAAACAGACUCCAGAAUUUAUGGAAAUAGAGGAAGAAGAGGUGAAGUUUCCAGGAACCAAGUUUGAUGAAAUAACUGAUAUUAUACAGGAAGUGGAAGAACGUGAUGAAAUUCCAGAAUGCUCCGAACCAAUUCUGGAAUUUAACAGAAAUGCUAAAGUUGCUUCUACAAAAUAUAAUGGUCCGCCGUUUCCACCAGUUGCUGCUUCUUUUCAGCCCACUGCUGACAGUCUGGAUAAAGUAAUUCAGAGGAAAGAAACAGUGGAAAAUGACUUAAUCCAGUGGGUAGAACAAGAGGUAAUGUCAAGAAUCAUCUCUGGGCUCUUUCCACUCCAACAACAGGCCAUAACUAACGUCAGUGUUUCAGUCAGUGAGGCAAGUGAACCAUUGAAUUCUGGCAUUGUAGAAGGAACAAGUGGUGGUGCCCUCCAGCUUUUUGUUGAUGCAGGGGUUCCUGUGAAUUCAGACAUGAUUAGCCACUUGGUGAAUGAAGCUCUUUCUGAGACCAUUGCUGUCAUGAUGGGGGACAGAGAAGCCAAAAAACAGGCUCCGAGUGCAGCAAAUGUGCCUGGGGAUGUUUCUGCAAGUCAGACAUACUUUCCGGAAAGAGUGUGCACCCCAGUGGCUACCCCACAGCCAACUCCUCCUUGCUCACCAUCAUCACUGUCUAAGGAACAAGUGUUGAUAAAAACUCCGUAUUCUUCUCCUCGUGACUCAGAUAAUGAAAUAGUUCUUCCUGUGAAAGAAAUACUUGCUGAAAAAGGAAACGAUAUGCCUGUGGUCACAGUUUUUAAUACUCCAGCAAUUACCCCCACUACUACACCUCCUCCUGCAGCAGCUCUUACCCCUACGUUGUCAGAAAUUUCUGUUGAUAAAUUAAAGAGGUUAAGCCCAGAGCUUCCAAAGCCAUGGAGUGAUGGAGACCUACCACUGGAGGAAGAGAUCCCUAACUCUUUCCAGGAAGAACUUUCUCCGAGAGCUAUUAUUAUGUCUGUGGCCAAGGAUGAAGAGCCCGAGAGCAUGGAUCUGCCUGUUCAGCCUCUGCUCCCGAAAACAGUUCCCUUUACACCUGCUGUCCCCAAGUCCCCUUCCCCCAUACAGACGCCAAGUUCUGAUUCAGCUUCAGUAGAGAGCACUGUAAGCGCUACUGCCACGGAAACAGAAACUCUAGAUAAACCCAUCUCGGAGGGAGAGGUUUUAUUUAACUGUGGUCAAACAGUGGCUCCCAAAAUUUUAGGAGAUGGAGAGCUGUGUCUGACAAACUUAAAUGAUAGCCUAUCCAGUACUCUGCAUGAUGCCUUUGAAAUGGAAGAUGAUCCUCCCAGUGAGGGACAGGUGAUUAGGCCCCAUAAGAGGAUUCACGCAGAUGCAGUUCUUUCUCUUCUUGCCAAACAAAACCAGGAACCGUUAGUCUCACAGCAAUCCAUCUAUCAUUCAGAAGUUUCUGAGGACCUGGAAAACAGUGUGGGUGAACUUAGUGAAGGGCAAAGGCCCAGACUCUCAGCAGCAGUAGAGAAUAUCUUACUGGAAUGUUCCACCUUUCCGCAGAAGUUUGUCACUAAGACAGAAUCUUUGGAUCAGAAAUGUGCUCCUAAGCCAUUAUCUCAACAAUAUGACACGGUGACAGGUGCCAUUUUUGGAGACUCAGAUGCUAGUCACGGCCCAAUGAGUCUGGGAGAACUGGAGUUGCAGUCAAGUUCUAACCUUGCUCUUCCCAAAACGCAACUGUCAGCAAAAGAAAAUAAUGUUAAGGCAUCAUUAGAUGGUGAAGAUUUUCUUCAGUAUCAACCAAAGAGAGACCAAGAGUUUGAGCAAGUUGAACACAAGCCAGUAUCAAGUCGUGUAAUACGUGUCAGAAAUAAAUCUGACACUUCACUUUCUCAGCAACAAGGUGAUACGGAUCGGACACAAAUUGAACCCAGUCUAUACCUUACAUCUGUAUUUACAGCCGGGAAAGCAGUUCCACUCUUCACUUCACAGACAGCACCUGCCAAGAUGUCAGUGACGCUGCCCUCGGCAACUGUGGAGGAUGGCUCUCAGUCACGGAGCAUAAGCACCCUACAGGGGGACACUGAGUCUUCAGGAGCAGACACCUUUUGAGUGGGCACGUGGGAGCCCCAAAACAAAAUUGGUAGCACAAGUUUCAGCGUAACUUCCCGUCUCUCAAUCUAUCGUGGUCUUUUGAACUUACUCUGAAAGAUGAUUUUUGACUUUUAGAAAAUUGAAUCAAAGCUUAAUUUGGGCAUUUAGAUAAAAAUUUUAAAUAAAAUAAUUUAAA